AUGGACACAGAUGGCGGAAUUCGAACUCUGAUUCGAACCUUUCGUGCUGGUCACCCUCUUCAACCGGCUGAAGCAGUUCAGCUGAAAAUCCUCGGCUACAACCUCCCCCUACGAUCCACCGGAAUACAAGAAAUAAUAUUGAAACACCCACAAACACAAAAGCUUACAGAGUUCGAGCAGGAGCUUAUAAAUAUCAAGAAGAGAAAGAUGGUGAAUGGCCUUACUACCCCUAUUCAAAAUUUACCCCCCGAGCUUCUAUCGUACAUCUUCGAGCUGGCGGUGGACACGAACGUGAUAUUGGGCCGCCCUGGGGUGCGAGGCUUUGGAGCAAUCUCACUAUCUGCAGUUUGUUCUCACUGGCGCGAUGUGACAAUGGGCAGGCCUGCGUUGUGGGCAACACUCUCCCUAUAUCUUCGACAUGGCGCGGUAUCCGAUCCCACACGCAAGAGAGCGAAAGCAUACCUUCAAGAAGCCGUGAAACGAGCUCAAAAUGCCCCGUUGUCAGUAAUUAUUGAGUUCCAUCUCUUCCCCAGCUUCCUCCACCCAGAUGCAAUUUGGACUAUGCAGUUUCUGCCUUUGCUCGAUAUCUUGAUGAGCCGCACAUGGAGAAGCGCUAUCAUUCGUCAUACUGGAUCCGAAGACUGUUUCUCGUCGUUAUGGGAUAGCAAAAUCUUGUCCCACCUCCAAUUUGUACAGAACCUAGAAUUCGACGUAAAGGAACCGACAUAUGGACAUGGCAGCCAUCCACUCUUUCGCCACUCCAAUUUCUCUCACUUUCCAAACCUCCGAACCUUGCUCCUUCCGUUUCGAAACCAAUCCUUCUCGAAAAUCCCGAUUUCCUAUCAUCACCUCCUUUUCCAUCCGCAACUCACCCACCUUCGUAUCUGCACGGGAACAGACUAUGUCAAUACUCUGAAAUCGUUGAGGUCCUGUGCGACUAGCCUCGAGACUUUAUCCCUCAACAUCUUUCUUUCCAUAACACCAUAUGAGAACCACAGCCGGAAGUCCGAACCCCUUCCAGGCGAACUCCUCCAACAGGAAUCUUCAAUCAUUUGUUUCCGAGCGCUGAAAGAACUUGUGAUUGUGGCUACAGAUGAACCAGCCACCAAUGGACACCCUCUAACUUGCGUUCAAAGCGUUCUUGGACUCGUGGAAUGUCCGUCACUCGUGUCACUCACACUCCAAUCCCUUGUCGGCCCUGAAUUUUACGUUCGACGUCGUGCCGCACUGUAUGGUAGUGAACUCGGUCUGGCGACGUUCAAGGAUUUUGUGGUACGCUCAGAGCUGUCGAUGAAGCUUCGGGCGUUUGCCAUUCGAGGGUUUGAGAUGUCGGAUGAUCAAGCUCUAGCGAUGCUGGAAGAUCUUCCGGGUCUUAGGGAGCUAACAGUGUCUGAAAUUAAUGCGUACAAGAUGGGGGGUGAUGUGUAUAAGGUUCUGACGGGCAGAUUCUUCGAGAGGUUCCGAAUUACGGAGGAGGUGGACGCAGAGGAUCUGGUUUUCUUACCGAGAUUGCAGAUGUUCCGAAUCCUUGUGUUUCGAAAGUUGGGAGAGGAUUUUGAAGAAUUUGUUGAGAAUCGAGGACGGAGAACGGAGAUAUAUUUAUUGGAUGGAUAG